UCCGGAUCCGAAAGGACAGAAAAUGCUUCUUCCAAAGAGACCCUUGGGGAAAUCCUGGUUGCUAUCCAGAGUGAAAUCUCAAACUUAGGGCGAAUUAAGGAUUCCAGGGAGCUCCUUCAGAUCAACGAUAUGGUAGGAACUAUGCUGAAGGAGGUUGAGAAAAGUGAGGAUGACAGUGAACAAGUCUGCCAAGACAUCCCUAGAACCUGUUCAUCUUUGUCCACUUCUUUAAAGGGUCGUAGUUCCUUGUCUAGCUCUUCAAAGGGUCCUAGGUCAGAGUGUGAGUUAGAGAUCAACCUCCCUGGCACUCCCAUCCCUGACGAAGUGCCUUUUGAUCUGACCUGCCCCAUCGUCAGGAGCUCCUGCAUCGACACCAGGGACUCUAAAAUGCCAGAGAUUUCUACAAGUGACCUAAGGACAAAGAUGAUGGCACACACAGAUGAACCCCUGCAUCGUAACAGUCCAAUGACUGACAGCAGCCGACCACCGAGUGCUAAAGCCUCUUUUCGAUCCUCCACUAUUCCAUCUUUCACCAGCAAGGGAACCUCUUUGGUACCAAAGGGAGAUGGGAUUGACAUUGAAGAGAAGGAGGUGAGCAUCCCCAGCAGCUCUGGCCAUCUGAGGGAGCUCUUAAUCAGGCCAGACAUCAGCAGUGCCACUGCAUUCCCACUGCAGUACUUGAUGGACUCCAGCAAAGAUGAUGUCAUCUGUUUGGUCACCGUACUGGUGAUAAGGUUGCUAUCGAAGAUCAGACCCUCAGCCCUAGAUGGACCCUUCCAACAGGCACCAGACAUGACAGAAACAUCUCAGCAACUCAUCAGACAAGUCCUGUCUGAGUUCUGUGCUGCAUCCAGUUUCUCCAGGACACAGGAAUAUUCCCAGAACCUGCACAUCCACAGGGUGUUCAGAGGUGUACAUAAAAACUUGAUGGAGGAGUUUGGCUCUUAUAACACCCUGCAAGCAGCUAUUUCCUCCCAGGACCCUGCAUUUGACAGAGUCCUGGUAAAGUCCUUGACCCAGCAGCUGGUACAGGGACGCAAGGAAGCGUCAAGACCAGCUUCUGCUGCAACAAACCCAGCAGACCAGGCUGAGACAGAGAGGGGGGCUGAGCAGAAAGCAAGAAGGAGCUUCCUUUGCUUUUCAAUGACCAAACUCAGGAUCAACUUCAAGCGUUCCAAGAGAGAAAACAAAAAGGACUGCCGUUCAGUCCAGGAACAGACUGAGAUUCCCUCUACUGAUGGACAUUGCAUAGCUCCACACAUUGAGGCUCAUGGUGCUGAAUCUCCAGUUGGAGAGGUUUCUCCCUCCAUAUCUCAGCCUAUCAAAAAACAAUCCUUGAUUGUCAGGGUCUUUUCAGCAAUGAUGAAGCCAUUCAGGCGCUUCACCAAGAAGAACCUGUAACCUGUUACGCUGCAUGAAGAACUACUUUUGUAACAGCAAGACUUUUGAUUUAGAGGAAUUUCUGCAUGUCUACCCUUUCAAAGUCUAUUUGAUCAAAUAAAUGCAAAUUAUUUUACAAGA